CCUGAAUCCAUCUCUCUCCUCCCUGUGACGUCGCUCGGUCUGGUCCCGGGGUGUGCUGCUCUCCGGUCCCAUCUCAGCAGAAACCACUUUUAGUUGCUGCCUCCACCGUCCACACGACUUGCGGUGCGACGCGCGCGGUUACGGUGCGGCGAGGUGCUUUGCGGGCACCCGGUGUCCUUCUUCUGCUCCACGCUGCCCGUCUUGUCCCACAUUAUCAGUGAACUGUUUCCACACUCCGCUUGAAGAGAGAGGAGAGAACCUGAGGUGCUGAAUAAGAGGGAGAGGGCGGAGAGGAGAAGGAGAGAGAGAGAGAGAGAGAGAGAGAGAGAGAGAGAGAGAGAGAGAGAGAGAAGAAAAAGGUAGGAAAAAAAGAAAGAGGAGAGAAGAGGAAAAGAGGUCGCCGUAGUCUCCUCUCCUUCCCGGGGCUGAAUCUCCACCGAGAAGAUGCUGAGAAUAGCCGGCGUGUUGGCUGUAGUUGCUCUGGGGUUGAGCGCCGCUCACACCAAAGUGAAUAAACACAAGCCCUGGAUUGAGACAUCGUACCAUGGGGUGAUCACUGAAAACACUGACAUCGUUCUGCUAGAUCCUCCUCUGGUCGCCCUCGACAAAGACGCCCCCAUCCCCUAUGCAGGGGAAAUCUGUGCGUUCAACAUCCACGGGCUGGAGGCUCCAUUCGAGGCAGUGGUGCUGAACGGUACGUCUGGUGAGGGCCAGUUGAGGGCCCGCGGCCUGGUCGACUGCGAGCUGCAGAAGGAAUACACCUUCAUCAUUCAGGCUCACGACUGCGGCUCUGGCCCCGGGGGCACGGAGGGCAAAAAGUCCCACAAGGCGGUGGUGCACAUUCAGGUCAACGAUGUGAAUGAGUUUGCCCCAGUGUUUCGGGAGCCUCAGUACCGAGCCGCAGUGACAGAGGGCAAGAUUUACGACAGCAUCCUGCAGGUGGAGGCCACUGACCAGGACUGCUCCCCACAAUACAGCCAGAUCUGUAACUACCAGAUCACCACCACCAACACACCCUUCGCCAUAGAUCGCAACGGUAACAUCCGGAACACAGAGAAGCUGAGCUACGACCGCCAGCAGCAGUACGAGAUCCAGGUGACGGCCUGGGACUGCGGCCAGAAGAGGGCCUUGCACAGUGUCCCUGUCCGCAUUGACGUCAAGCCUGUCUGCAAACCUGGCUGGCAAGGUUGGAAUAAGCGAGUGGACUAUGAGCCAGGAACAGGAAGUAAGCAGCUGUUUCCUAAGAUGCACCUGGAGACCUGUGGCGGGCCACUGUCGUCAGUGAGGACCACAGUGGAGCUGCAGACGAGCCACAUCGGGAAAGGCUGUGACCGGGAGACCUACUCUGAGAAAUCUCUACAGAAACUCUGUGGGGCCUCCUCAGGCAGCACUGACCUUCUCCCUGCCCCCAGCACUGCCACCAACUGGACAGCUUCCUUGGUGACUGACAGCGGCAGGGACAGUGACUUGAUCUUCAGGUUUGACGGCCAUCAGGCGGCUAAAAUCCCGGACUGGGUUGUACCCCAGAAUCUGACAGACCAGUUCACCAUAGCAACCUGGAUGAAGCAUGGGCCCAGUCCAGGGCUCAGAGCUGAGAAAGAGACACUACUCUGUAACUCUGACAAAACUGAGAUGAACCGUCAUCACUAUUCGCUGUAUGUCCAUAACUGCCGCCUGGUGUUCCUGCUGAGGAGAGACUUCACCCAGGUGGACACCUUCAGACCGGCCGAGUUCCACUGGAAACUGGAGCAGAUCUGUGACAAGGAGUGGCAUUACUACGUCAUCAAUGUAGAGUUCCCAGUGGUGACGCUCUACGUGGACGGAGUGACCUACGACCCCUACCUGGUGACUGACGACUGGCCCAUCCACCCCUCACAGAUAGAUGUGCAGCUCACAGUCGGUGCCUGCUGGCAAGGUGGGGAGGUGACCAAGCCUCGGUUCACUCAGUACUUCCGGGGCAGCCUAUCGGGACUGACCAUCCGACCAGGAAAGAUUGAGAGUCAGAAAGUCAUUUCCUGUCUGCAAGCCUGCAAAGAGGGACUGGACAUCAACUCCCUGGAGAGUCUGGAUAAGAGUAUAAAGUUCCACUUCAACCCAGCCCAGUCCAUCUUGGUAAUGGAGGGAGAGGACUUGGAAAACAUGAAUGCUGCUGUGAGGAAAGUUUCCUACAUUAAUUCUCGCCAGUUUCCAACACCAGGCAUCCGCCGUCUGCACAUCUCCACUGUCGUCCAGUGUUUUGGCGAAGACACUUGUAUCACCAUCCCAGACAUCGAUGCAGUGGUGAUGGUGUUGCAGCCCAGUGAGCCCAGGAUAACCAUCACUGGACUUGAGAGACUGAAUCGACCGGUCUCCGACCUCGGAGCAUCAGGAGGCAUAGCUCUGUUCCAGGACCUCCACAUCAUCAGCACGGUCACCAGGGCAGACGUCAAUGUACAUCACACAGCACAUCGACCCGGGGUGCUGGAGGAGAUUAUUCAUAACUUGGACUACUGUGACAUCCUGGUGUUGGGGGAGGAGCUGAUGCCGGAGCAGGAGUCCCUCCAACUGCAGCGCAGCACUCUGCUCGGGAAACAUCUCGACGCCACCAACUCCACCUCUGGCAUGUCCAUAUAUGGUGUGGACUCUAUGUCCAACUAUGAACAGGUGAUCCGACAGGUGCGUUACUAUAACUGGCGGCCCGGACAACUAACAGAGAGAAGGUUUCGCCUCACCUGCUCAGAGCUCAACGGACGCUAUACCAGCAACGAGUUCAACCUGGAGGUGAGCGUGCUGCACAGUUCAGAAUCCGGGGAACAUGUCAAUCACAUGGUAGCGCCACCUCAGUACAUGCAGGUGGUCCAUCAUCCGUCCAUGAUACAUGACCUGUACCCCAACCACAGCUCAGGCGUGCCGAGUGCUGCCACCGUGGUAAUUGUGAUGUGUAUCGCUGCUCUGGUGGUGGUUGUGGUGCUGGGCAUCUACCGCAUCCACCUGACCCACCAGCAGGAGGUCAAGCUAGCAGAGACAGCUAAAGAGGCGGACGUGACCUGGGACGACUCUGCUCUGACAAUCACAGUCAACCCGAUGGAGAACCUGGAGGAGCCCCAGGCUGCAGAGGAGGAGGCCAGCGAGGAAGAGGAGGAAGAAGAGGAGGAGGAGGACGACGACGACGACGAAGAAGAGGAGGAGGAUGACAUCACCAGCGCUGAGUCAGACGACAGCGAGGAGGACGUGGACGUCCAGCUACCCAGGAUGCAGCGCCAGAGCAAGAAGGGCCAAAACUGGGACAAAACAACAAUAUCUUAUUGAAACACACAUAUUCACAGUCACUCACACACACACACACACACACACACACACACACACACACGCACACACACGCACACACACGCACACACACGCACACACACGUCCAUACUGAAACCUCAAAUCAGUUGGUUGAAACAAAAAGACUUUAUGUGAUGUUGAUGCUCUAAAAAUGAGGUCAUAUCUCCCCCUACUGGAAGAACACACACACACACACACACACAUAAACAAACACACAGAGCAAUGAUUUAACUUUAGCCUUGUCAGAAAACCUGUUUUAUACAGCUGAUAAAAAAAUAAUCACACUAAAACUGCUCGUCAAUCAAAUGGCUAUCAUCCUUCUUAAAGGGACAGCUUGCAAAAUUUAGGUCAUCCCUGAAAGCUGUUUUUUCCUCCAGUGAUCUCUCUCCCAUUCCAGUCUAAACCACAGCUACGAUCUGUAGUGAAAUAACGUUGUUUGAAUCCCAUUUUUGCGACUACACUCUGCAACCCACAUUCAGUUUGAUGUCUCAAAUUCCACAGUGAGAAUUUUGAAGUUCCAUGAAAAUGCAAAACAGUCUUUAUUUAAGAAAACUGAGUUGCAAACGACUAUUUUUGGUUUGUAUACUUCAUGUUGUUUAUCAGUCUUUAUUCUAGCCUAUGUGGCAAAGCCAGGUGAUUUUACAGAAAUAGCAUAUUUUCAAUGGUACUCAAAAAGAAACAAAAAAAAAAAGAUCUGUGUGUAGUCAUGCUGAACUAGCCAGGGGGUUCUGAGUUCUGGGUUUUCGGGAAAGACAGAGGAGUCUCCUUGUAAAUUUUUAUACACUCCUUUCUUGUAAAUAGUGAGUAUAGUAGGUGACCCACCCCACCCCUUAACACCACUUCCUCCACCCAGAAUCCCCCUCCUCUCCACCUGUACACAACAAACAUGCCACCUCCUCAUAUGUAUGUAUGUACCCUGAACCCUUAGCCUGCAGGAGUCUUUACUGAACUGACCCCUCAGUCCUCUGUGUGUGUUUCUAGCUCAGUGUUCAUAUCAUUCCAGCUGACUGCGAGUUGGGUUUGUUAGGAUGGAUGUGCCACUGCCUUCAUAGUGACUGGGUCAGUUAAAGCUGCACUAGGCAAGAUGUUUGUGUAAAGAGGCACCGGUCUUACACAUCAUACAGGAGGGAUGCAACAGAGAAAAUAUUCCCCUCACUCUUCAUAUAAAGCCUGCAAGACUUGCCCAAAUUAGAUUUUAGUCUCAGGUGUGGUCACGGCAGCUAGGCCCUGAACAGGAAGCACUCAUUGAAAAUAAGCGUCACUAUUAAUUCCAAUCCUACUAGUCAUUCAUACUGCAUUGCAGAGAGGUGAAAAAUUCACAUUUCUAUGUAGGGAUGUGCAAUGGGACUGGCUCUUUAUGUUGGAAUUUGAAGUAGCAAAGUCAGUAGAUGCACGUGACCAAUACUGGAUUUUGGAUGUCCAAUACCAGUAUCAAUAUUUUAAUUUUAAAAAUGGGAUCAUUAUUAUACUUUUAUUACAGUGAGAGAAUAUUAGAGUGGAACAUUUUAGAGUAGAAAAAUAAACAUCUCAAAAUAUAACACUACACACAAAUCAACAGAACAUUUAAAAAAAAACAUCACUGGAAUAAUUAUUAUAAACAAAUUCAACAAAAAAGAAAGGCUCAAAUAUGUAAGAAUGCACCCUAUUUUUUAAUACUAAACUAUAACUAUAAUAAAUUAUAUAUAAAUAUAAUAAAAUAAAAAUUAACUAAAAUAAUUAUGUGUUGUGUUGGCAAGCCUGUAUGAUGAACAUUAAAGCUGCACUAAUCAAUAUUUUUAUAUUCACAAUGGCUCAAAUCACUACAUGUAAAAUGAGAGGUAGUAACGAACCCAGAGAGUUUUCAGCCAACUCUGAAGUUCCUCUCAACUCUGCAGAGAGUUUUAAUGUCUUUUAGGUCAUUGUUUUGGUUUUACAACUAGCAGCUUUAUUGUUUUAGUUCAGUCUCAUCGUUUAACUUAAUGUCUAGUAGCAACAGCCGCUGUUUACAGUGAGAAAGCUCUGAUAAAACCACUGUACAGCAGACCCACAAAGUUAGCAACUAGCUGGUGAAUAUAGUGGAGCAUUUCACUUAGCACUUAGCUAAAGAGCUGAAAGCAAAGUGAAUAUUGGAUUUUGGACGUUUGCCAGAUUGGCUGGUGAUGUCAGUGUUGUUUUCAUAUGGUUAGGCUGCUCUCAAGUGGAAAAAAAUAUUGGGCGCCCCAGCCAAAGUACAAGUCAUUUUCAGAUCAUCAUCAGCACCACAUUGUGCCACUCAGCAUUCCUUUUAUAUCCAUAAUCUCCUAAAGUACCUUUAUUUGAUCAAUUUCAUUCCAAAAGUAGCUAGCUAAUCGUGCCAGACAUCACUGACACCGCUGUUCCAUGUGUAGGCAAGGAAAACUUACUUUUCCUGUUUGUUUUCUUGGAUUAGAAGAAUGCACAGACACUGCAGUUACACUUUCAAAACUUCUACUUUUGGAUGAAAUGCAGCAUUAAUGAAAGCCAUUUAGUUCUAGGGCUGAUGUCACAUUACAUAAAUCCCACUUCAUUAGCAGCACCGGGGGCCACCGAAUUGUGAAGCUGCCUGGUGCAACUUUAAGAUAAAAGGACCGAGAAGUGAAAUACAUUUGGCAGUGUCACAUUUGACGUAAUCAGAUAACCCAGUCGAAGGUUUCUUCACCUUGAAGUGAAAGGGCAUUAAUCUCUGUGGCCAUCCCGAAUCCAGUCUGCCUGUAACGUUCGAUAGCAAACAAUCCACAAACAACAGAAAGUCUUGUUACGUGUGGCUGAUAGUAACAGUUGGCCGCCGAUGAAUCAAAGUUUGGUUAAAGUCACAAACACUGGAACGUUUCCUCCUCUAACCUAGUGAGCCUUUGACAGCUGUCCUGUGGGUGUAGCUGUGGGAGAACCUACUGUAUGUGUAUACUGUAGCUCUAUGUUCAUGUAAAGAUCUCAUAUGUUGUUUAAGAGUUUCCUCAUCUACUGUGACACCUAGUCUUGUGACGUCACCUCCCUCCUUGCACCCCCCCCUUUUCCCACUGGAACCCUUGUUGGAUUUUGCAUCAGCCCGAGCCCUAAUGUUGUCCUGACGUUUGUUUUAGAAGAGGAGGACGGUGAAAUUAACAUGGAAACCUUGUAUAAUGUGUAAAAGUUUUUUGUUUUUUUAGUUUUCUUUUUAUUUCUGGACUCUUUGGUCUGUUUUCCUUUGGAAUGGUCACUACAGCACUUUCUGUAAAUUGGCCAAUAAAAACUUGUUUUGGAAUCUA